AUGGAUACGGUACGUACGUUUGAUGCGUUCCCCAAGAUCAACUCACAACAUAGUGUUCGAUCAACUAGAGGUGGUCUUUCAACCAUCUUAACCACCUUUAUGGGACUCUUGAUCUUUUGGGUAGAAGUUGGUGGAUACAUUGGAGGAUACAUUGAUCAUCAAUUCACAUUGGAUAACAGUAUAAAACAAGAUAUUGCUAUCAACAUUGAUAUGAUGAUUGCCAUGCCCUGUGAGUUUCUUCAUACCAAUGUAUUGGACAUAACUGAUGAUAGGUUUUUAGCUGGAGAGUUACUUAAUUUUGAAGGUACCAAUUUCUUUGUACCUUCAACAUUCAACAUAGAUUCUGAGAAGGAAGUGGUCAACGUUGAAUUGAACCAAGUAUUUGCUGAAAAUAUGAGAGCUGAAUAUCAAGUUCAAGGUUCAAGACUGAAUGAAGGGGCGCCUGCUUGUCAUAUAUUUGGGUCUAUACCUGUCAACCAUGUUAAUGGAGAUUUCCAUAUCACUGCUAAAGGUUAUGGUUAUCAAGAUAGAAAUCAUGUUGAUUUACAAUCACUUAACUUCUCCCAUGUGAUAGCUGAGUUUUCAUAUGGGGAAUUCUUCCCAUUCAUGAAUAACCCAUUGGACUUUACAGGUAGAAUAACAAAUGAUCAUUUACAAUCUUACAAGUAUUAUACCAAAAUAGUCCCUACCCAUUAUGAGAAACUUGGGUUAGAAGUGGAUACUCAUCAAUAUGCUCUCACUGAACAACAUGUGACUUAUAAAGCCAGAGAGGGGAUACCAGGGAUUUUUUUCAAAUAUGAUUUUGAACCAAUCAAACUUAUAAUAAAGGAGCAAAGAAUGUCCUUUAUUCAAUUUGUGGCCCGUAUAGGUACAAUAUUGGCAGGUAUAAUGAUAGUGGCAGGAUAUUUCUAUCGUUUGUAUGAUAGGUUGUUGACCAUCCUUUUUGGUAAGAGAUAUGCCAGUAAAGAUGAUGAAAAGAAACAAGGAGGCAUUUUGGAUUCAAAACAAUAUUGA